AUGGCUUCAUGGGCCCGAAUCCGCCUCUGGUGGCGGUGGGCCGUCGUUCUCUGCGGCGUGGCCGCCCUCCUCCUCCUCCUCAUCCAACUCAACGCCCUCUUCGCCGAAUACAAGAAGGUAGCAAGCUUGAUGGCUCUUCAGCCCCCCCUCCUAUCCUUCCAAGAGCUCGAUCAAGUCGAGUACCUCACCCUCCUCUCCCCUUACGGCCUCAAACACCCUCAAACCAUCAACCUCAACCACGAAUUCCUCAUCGAAUAUUCCCCCGCCCGCUCCCUCUUCUUCCCCAGCUCCUGGCACGGCACCUUCGAUCCAACUAACACCAACACAAACGCCACCACCCGCUUCUUCUUGCCCGAAAAAAUCUGGCUCGAUACCGCCGGCAACCCCAUCCAAGCCCACGGCGGCGGCAUCCUCUUUGAUCACACCUAUUUCUGGUACGGAGAGUACAAAAACGGCAAAACCUACCAAGCUGAAUCCACCGGCACCGCCCGCGUCGACAUCAUCGGCGUCGCCUGCUCCUCCUCCAAAGACCUCUGGGCGUGGAAGUUCGAAGGGAUCGUGCUGGCGCCGCAUCCCUCCGACCCCACGCACGACCUCCACAAAUCCAAGGUUCUAGAAAGGCCUAAAGUCAUAUACAAUGAGAAAAAAGCAAAUAUGUGA